CCAUUACAGUACUGGAGACUGCCAGCUAGAUCCAUCACACCCAAGUGAAGCUGUGGAAAAGCCCUUAAACACCAGAGCCAGAACCAGCAACCUCAGCUCCGGAAUACACUUGCAAGGCACUGGAAGAUCUAAAAUUCCUCUUUAAACAAAAAGAUAAGUAAUGCCCCACCAACAUCCUUUCACCUCAAAGUAAGGUGAUCCCAAUACUAGAAAUUUUAUUGGCAACUGCUCUGAUUGUUAUCACUAUUUUAACCCUAACUUGUACACCACCAGGAGUUCCAUUGGCAGCUCGUUUUGUGACCAGUUUCUCUUAGGUCACCAUGGGCCUGCUCCUGCUGGUUCUCAUUCUCACGCCUUUACUAGCAGCCUACCGCCAUCCUGAUUUCCCGUUAUUGGAAAAAGCUCAGCAACUGCUCCAAAGUACAGGAUCCCCUUACUCUACCAAUUGCUGGUUAUGUACUAGCUCUUCCACUGAAACACCAGGGACAGCUUAUCCAGCCUCGCCCAGAGAAUGGACAAGCAUAGAGGCGGAAUUACAUAUUUCCUAUCAAUGGGACCCUAAUCUGAAAGGAUUGAUGAGGCCUGCAAAUAGCCUUCUUUCAACGGUAAAGCAAGAUUUCCCUGAUAUCCGCCAGAAACCUCCCAUUUUCGGGCCCAUCUUUACUAAUAUCAACUUAAUGGGAAUAGCCCCUAUUUGUGUUACGGCCAAAAGAAAAAAUGGAACAAAUGUAGGCACUCUUCCAAGUACAGUCUGUAAUGUUACUUUCACUGUAGAUCCUAACCAACAGACUUAUCAAACAUACACCCACAACCAAUUCCGCCAUCAACCAAGAUUCCCUAAACCUCCAAAUAUUACUUUUCCUCAGGGAACUUUGCUAGAUAAAUCCACCCGGUUUUGCCAGGGACGCCCAAGCUCAUGCAGUACUCGAAAUUUCUGGUUCCGGCCUACUGAUUAUAACCAAUGUCUGCAAAUUUCCAAUCUCAGCUCUACAGCGGAAUGGGUUCUAUUGGACCAAACUCGAAAUUCUCUUUUUUGGGAAAAUAAAACCAAGGGAGCUAACCAGAGCCAAACACCCUGCGUCCAAGUCUUAGCAGGCAUGACUAUAGCCACCAGCUACCUGGGCAUAUCAGCAGUCUCAGAAUUUUUUGGAAACUCCCUCACCCCCUUAUUUCAUUUCCAUAUCUCUACAUGCCUUAAAACUCAAGGAGCAUUUUAUAUUUGUGGCCAGUCAAUUCACCAAUGCCUCCCCAGUAACUGGACUGGAACUUGUACCAUAGGCUAUGUAACCCCGGACAUCUUCAUAGCCCCUGGCAAUCUCUCUCUUCCAAUACCAAUCUAUGGGAAGUCCCAGUUGCCCAGGGUGAGGAGGGCAAUCCAUUUCAUUCCCCUUCUCGCGGGACUCGGUAUUCUAGCUGGUACGGGAACCGGAAUUGCUGGAAUCACAAAAGCUUCCCUCACCUAUAGCCAGCUCUCAAAGGAAAUAGCCAACAACAUUGACACCAUGGCUAAAACCUUAACGACCGUGCAAGAACAAAUUGACUCUUUAGCAGCCGUAGUCCUUCAAAAUCGUCGAGGACUAGACAUGUUAACAGCAGCACAGGGAGGAAUUUGUUUGGCCUUAGAUGAAAAAUGUUGCUUUUGGGUAAAUCAGUCAGGAAAAGUACAAGACAACAUCAGACAACUCCUAAAUCAAGCCUCCAGUUUACGGGAACGAGCCACUCAGGGUUGGUUAAAUUGGGAAGGAACUUGGAAAUGGUUCUCUUGGGUUCUUCCCUUCAUAGGCCCACUUGUUAGUCUCCUACUUUUGCUCCUUUUUGGUCCAUGUCUCCUAAAUCUAAUAACUCAAUUUGUCUCCUCUCGCCUUCAGGCCAUAAAGCUCCAGACGAAUCUCAGUGCGGGAUGCCGUCCUCGCACUAUUCAAGAGUCACCCUUCUAAGGAGGACCCCUAGACUGCUCGCUAGUGGGACACGACAGAGGCGAAAUCCUGCCCCGUCUCCUGUGGACCUGGCUGGAUAUGGCUUUUGCCAAUCCACAGAGCCAUCCUGCCCUGACAGCUAGCAAGAGGCCAAGACCCACAGAACAACCACUACAGCCCCUCUGUCAGCAGGAAGCAGUUAAAGAAGACUGACCUUCGUCCAUUUUCCCAAAUAAUUGGGUCUUGGAUUCUUGAGGGGGGGAAAUGUUGGAGCAGGCAGCUAGUCAGACAUGAGCAGGGCAGGGGAGGGCCCCCUCACCAGAAAUGUCAGGUGACCAUCAGGUGACGGUCAGGCAGUUGUUAAGCUGUGUCUCUAACAUAAUAAUGGGUGGCAGCUGGUGCCAGGGAAAGAUGGCCUCCCAAUAGAUAGGAAACACCUGAAGCUGGUGAUCAGCCGCUUCCUGAUAAGAUCUCAAGAGUUGGGCACGCAGGCUCAAGCAUACACGCUAAGAGGCAAAAUAGUGGCAUUUAACUCGUAUAUGACCUUCCUUUAGGAAGGCUUGACUGGUAAGGGAAAAGCUCCUCCAGUGAACACGUGCACAACUUCAGUAAGAACACUGCACAUGUGUCCCCUCCCAAGUGCUGGCAGGCCACUGUGCAUGCAGACAGCCCGCCCCAAAGAAAAAUCAGAGCAGGAGAAAUGGAAACCCCGGAACCAUGCCAAUGUAUAAAACCCCAAGUCAAGGGCCUAGCAAGGCAAUUGCAUCUCUCAAGUUGCCCGCUUGGCUCUCUUCAAGUGCACUUUGCCUCCUUUUGUUCUUGCUCUAAAACUUUUACUCCUGCUCUAAAACUUGCCUCAGACUGCCAUGCUACCUUACGCCUCCCUGGCCAAAUUCCCUCCUCUCCUCCGGCGGGCAAGGAUGGAGUUUGCUGCAGACCCAUGGGAUUUGCUGCUGGUAACAGUUCCACCAUUUAGGUUCCAGCACCAAGCAAACUAACAUCCAACUCAGUGUAAACAGCCAAACAAAACUUAAGCUUAACCAAUCAGAAACCACCAUCUAACCUCUAACUAGGUCCUUUCAACUUUAACCAAGUAUUUUCUUUGUCUUGCUUCUGUGGGCACCUUAUAAAAAUUUCCCCCUUGUACCUCUGUAGUACAGACCCAGUUGCUCACAGUUUGGCCCUGCCUGUUCAUGAAUCACCCUUGCUCAAAUAAACUCUCUAAAAUGCUAAUGUGCCUAAGUUGACUUCUUAAUACAUCUUUGCAGAUUGUAGGAAAACCAACGAACCAGACAACCUACAAAAUUUGUUCACACUUUUCUGUAAUCAACACAUUUUACCUCAGUCUACUAUCUUUGAAAUAUGUACAUUAUCCUAAGUAAAACUGUAUUAAUCUAAGGAUAGUUUAAAUUUCUAAAACCAAAUUUAAUCUUUAAAAAUUGACUUUUUGGCCGGGCGCGGUGGCUCACGCUUGUAAUCCCAGCACUUUGGGAGGCUGAGGCGGGCGGAUCACGAGGUCAGGAGAUCGAGACUACAGUGAAACCCCGUCUCUACUAAAAAUACAAAAAAAUUAGCCGGGCAUGGUGGCGGGCGCCUGUAGUCCCAGCUACUCGGAGAGGCUGAGGCAGGAGAAUGGCGUGAACCCGGGAGGCAGAGCUAGCAGUGAGCCGAGAUCACGCCACUGCACUCCAGCCUGGGCGACAAAGCGAGAUUCCGUCUCAAAAAAAAAAAAAAAAAAAAAAAAUUGAUUUUUCAAAAGUCAAUUCAUAUACAUCCGCCUGUACUGAAGCCAUCCUCACAGGGUUAAUGAGAAUUCUGGACAGAAAC